CGCGAGCUCAGGUCGCGCGCCCAAAGUGUCCCUCUCUCUCAGCGUCGCCCAAACUCGCAGCUGAUUUUUCUCCACCCCAUCAUUUCAAAACUGUCACUACGAGUCUUGUUCUCGCGUGUCAAAGCAGCAAGACUUCAAUAGCGCCGUGUGCACUCGAACACACUUGCAGGAUGUGUGGCACAGAUGUUGACCUGGAUGAUGGAGGCUCAGUCGAGGAAGAGAAGGAUGAAGAGUUGUGGCUGGGCGAACGAGUGAAGAUGCUGCCCCCUCCUGUGGCCCGUAGCGGGGGUUCGGCUUGGGGUACCCGCAGGAGCAGCGCGGGCUGCGUUGUCUGCGGAGCAGCUCUGGUCCUUUGGAACUUGUGUGUGCUACUGGCUGGUGCUCUGCUCCUGAUGCUGAUCUUCUCCUUGGUGCUGCUGCCAGCAGUGGUGCCGCUCUACGCUGGAUUCCUGUGCCAUUCCAGAAUCCUGGACGGCUCGUCGGCCAUCUGCAAUUACCUGGACGACAACAGCUGCUCGGCCCUCAUCAUUCUGGGAUUUGUGAUGAUGUCGCCGCUUGUGGUGGUGGCGGCGGCGGUCUUCUGCGGCCUGCUUCGAAGGUUUCGACUACUGCUUCUCAUUCAGCCAAUCAGUCGCGCACGGUACACAGGGAGGCUGAUGGACUGCGUGGGCAGCGUCCAUGCCUGGGUCUGAUUGCUGCAUUAAGGUGGCGACUAAAAGGCAAGGCAUGGCAUUGUGAGUCACGGGUAGCUUUUUCUUACCUCAUAUAAAGCCUAGAGCAGUGUUUGCCAGUGAGCCAAGGCGUAUUCUUUACAGGACAAAAACCUCACGGCACACCACUAAAUAAUAUAAUAUCUAAUUGCGUUCCUUGACAUAGCUUACAUAAAAAGGGCAAUUCGUUUUUAAAUAAUGAAAAUGGCACUCUAUAAUAACGUAUUUGAUAAAAAUCAGACAGUAUUGGCAUAAUUAAAUAUAAAAUGAAGAAUUAAACACUUUGUGGAUCAUGGUGCAGAAACAAAUGAAGAAGACCUUCACGUUUACUGUAAUUUACUCGGUAAGCUGUGGUAAUAUUGAUGUGUUUGUUUAUUUGCAGAGGAUAUUGAAUGUAGUUUUGUAUUGUGGUGUCUGGCUACAUGUGUUGCUCCACCGCUUGUGUUCAAAUAGUCAAAUUGUCGGAUGCAUGAUAUCACCGCCACAUGGAUGCCGUUUGUUAAUCUGUCAAUGUCUUUUCUUAUUGUGCUAGUAUUAAGACAGCAGACUUUAAGGUGAAGUUAUGUUUGUCAUUAAACAAAAAAAAUUGUCCAGCUCAAAAAACUCUUAGGUCGAGUCAUUCUUAUGUGAAGGGCACCACUGAAAACCCAAAUAAUGAUCAUGUCGCAGUGUACUCACACAUUUAUUUACUCUGUG